GGAAGGUGACAACUUUUGAAUUCUUAACUUUGGCACUCAGACACUUCAGCACUUCUUGUUUACCUCCUUUUCUUAAAAUAAAUUCCUGAAUAAUUCAAUCAAUUUUGUCUGGGAUGACUUAAAGUCACAAUAAUAGUUGAAUACACUUUUCAUUACAUUUUAUUUCACUUCAAAUCGCCACAAGAUGUCACUGCGAACUGUUCGCGUUUUAACACAUUUUAUCCAUGUGCAAUGCUCCUCCCUUUAGAGAGGGCUUCAAGCUCUUUGUUUGGGAAGCCGUGAGUAACGUCCUCACCGCACUGAGAGGCUGUGAUCUGACUCUACAGUCAUGGAAAUAUGUUAACCAUGGAAUGAUUUAUUACAAUUUUUUCCGUGUCUUUUGUCAGAUCGGGACAUAAUGGGACGAGGGAAGACGGCCCCGACCUGGAUUUAUAAUUUGUUUUUUGUUUUGCGCAUCCUGAUGGUCGCAGAGGCACAAACUGUAUAUUCGAUUAUGGAAGAGUCGAGUCCGGGUACGGUUGUUGGAAAUCUGGCGAAGGAUUUACAGCUAGAUAUACAAGAACUGGAAAAAAGACACUUUCAGAUUUCGGGACCUAAUAAGAAGUAUUUUGAUGUGAACAUUAAGACUGGAGCACUUCUGGUGAAAGACAGGAUCGACCGGGAGGAGCUCUGUGCUCGUAAAGCCAAAUGCUCCCUGGAAGUGGAAGCCAUUGUGAAUUCUCCGCUAAAUCUUUAUCGGUUUGAGGUUAAAAUUGUGGAUAUAAACGACAACACGCCCUCGUUCAGGAUACCGGAGAUUGAUCUGAACGUGUCUGAAUCGGCUUUUACUGGAGAAAAAUUUGCUCUUCCGAAGGCAUUUGACGCAGACGUCGGUGUUUAUUCAGUAAAGGCUUAUAAACUAAGCCAUAAUGAACAUUUUGCACUGGAUGCACAAAACGGAGGAGAGCCAACCGUGUCUGUUGAAAUGAUUCUGCAGAAACCUUUAGAUCGAGAAAAACAGUCAAUUAUAAAAUUAACUCUGACAGCUACAGAUGGAGGUAAACCUGUUAAAUCAGGGACGUUACUCAUCAAUGUUAAUGUGCAAGACGUUAAUGAUAACAUCCCGGUAUUUGACAAACCUCUGUACAAAGUCAGAGUGCCUGAAAAUACCCCGUUAGGCGGAGCUGUAAUUUCUGUGCAUGCUCGAGAUUUAGAUGAAGGUCUCAAUGGAGAAAUACAGUAUUCUUUAAUCAACCAGGAUAAUGAUAACAAUGUUGAUAAAUUUGCUAUCAAUCACUUAACGGGAGAAAUCAGUGUAAAAGGUGAACUGGACCACGAAAAAAACAACGUGGUUGAACUCCGAGUCCAAGCAAAAGACAAAAGUCCAAUCCCAAGAGCGUCACAUUGUAAAGUACUUAUUGAAAUAACAGAUAUAAACGACAAUCCACCAGAAAUAUCUGUAACAUCGUUAGUCAAUGUUCUGAGGGAGGAUGCACCUCUCGACACAAUGGUUGGACUUUUAACGGUGAAAGAUCUGGACGCAGAUAAAAACGGUGUCGUUCAGGUGAAAAUAGUUAAUGCCGUACCCUUUAAAAUUAAAAACACGUAUAAAAAUCAUUACGCUUUAGUGGUGGAUGGAGCGCUUGACAGAGAAAAGGUUUCUGUAUAUAAUGUAACAAUAACAGCGAUGGACGAAGGUCUGCCGCCUCUCUCCAGCACCAGCGUAAUUAUGGUUCAUGUGUCAGAUGUCAAUGACAACGCGCCACGUUUUAAGGAAAGAGUGAUCAAUAUUUUUGUGAAAGAGAACGGACCAGUUGGUGAUGUGGUUUAUACCUUAAUUGCGGAUGAUCCUGAUGUAGACGAAAAUGGAAAGGUGACGUUUUCGGUAGUUAGUAAUAAUAAUAAUAAUAAUGAAAGACAUAAUGGCAUAGGAUCAGUGGUUAACGUGAAAGCAGACACUGGAGAAAUAAUCAGUCUGCAGUCUUUUAACUAUGAGGAGUUAAAGACGUUUCAGUUUAUGGUUCAGGCCACAGACUCUGGGGUUCCUCCGCUCAGCAGCAACGUGACUGUUAACAUUUUAAUUCUGGAUGAAAAUGAUAAUAAUCCAACUAUUUUAGCUCCU